GAAGGGAAAUCUACAUAUAAUGGCUCUGAUAAAUCUUCGAUAAUCUCAUCAACUUGCUCUUUCAGUCGAUCAGCUGGGGUGAUCAACAACCUCAUGUGACGUAGAAGCGGGUAAGACCUUUUAAGUACCGCAAACCUUUGCGUAAAAACUCGUGGAGGACCCCUCGCGACUAGAAGUACCCAUACGUGACUAUAAUAAAAAAUACAAUGUCAAGUUUAUCUGUACUUCUCGUAGCGCUUCACUGUGCCGUAUACAUUUAUUCCAAAAUCAGUGGCGUGGAUUCAAGACCGCCAGACUAUCAACCGACCGGGCCGUUUAUCGACGACGCGACAGAAGCGGCAAGAGCUGUGACAGAAUACAAAGAAAAUCUACAAAGACAGGUCGUGCCCAUUUUGAAAAGAAAGUUCAACCGUCUUCCAGGCGUAUGCAGACGACUCAAAAGGAGGAGGAUAACAAUUCUGUCAGACUGAUGCACAUGCUGAAUGAGGAGAUGGGCUGCAAGGCAGAGAGGCUGAGGAUCGGAGAGAAGGGCAUAUGAACAGCCUCUACAACUAACCUCACUAAAAUAAAACAAACUUGCCUGAACUAUUCG